AUGCAGCGGAACACAUUGCUUGCCGUUUCACUAAUUUUGUGCAUCACAGACGCAUUUUCUGAAUCUUUCGUCAUCGAUGUUGACGUGAGAAAACCUGUUGCACCUUUAAAACACUUCUGGAAAAGCACUGGUUUCUGUCCCCCUCUCCCUCACACUCAGGCAGACCAGUUUGACCUCAGCAUUGACCAGCAACAGAACCUUGCCUAUGUGGCUUCUGUCCCACAUGGAGGGAUCCAGCAGGUCAGAAUACACUGGAUGUUGGAGCUGAUCUCUGCCCAAGAUGUUGGAGGACAAACCCGGUACAAUUUUACAAAACUGGACCAGUUAAUUGAUCUCCUAUGGAUUAAUGGACUCCGGCCAGGUUUUGAACUGAUGGGCAGUGUCUCAAACUACUUCACUGAUUUUGAAGACAAAGCUCAAGUGUUCAAAUGGAGAAAUCUGGUUUAUCUCAUAGCUAAAAGGUACAUUGAAAAAUAUGGUCUUGGAAGCGUUUCUCAAUGGAACUUUGAAACAUGGAACGAGCCCAACAACCAUGACUUUGAUAAUGUCAGCAUGUCAAUUCAAGGGUUUCUGAAUUAUUACGAUGCCUGUUCAGAGGGCCUGCGGGCUGCGAGCAAGUUGCUUCGGUUUGGAGGUCCGGGUGACUCCUGUCACUCGCCUCCACGCUCGCCUUACUGCUGGGCCAUGCUCCAACACUGCUACAAUGGCACCAACUACUUUACUGGAGAAACGGGCAUCAGGAUCGACUACAUUGCCCUGCACAAGAAGGGAGGAGGUUACUCUUUGCCUAUCCUUCAGCAGGAGAUGCAGACUGUCGAUGAGAUCCUGAAGCGUUUCCCUCAUUUCCGUAGCCGGCCUGUGUUCAAUGAUGAGGCGGAUCCACUGGUGGGCUGGUCCCGACCUCAGGAGUGGAGAGCAGAUGUGACCUAUGCUGCCAUGGCAGUUAAGAUUAUCAGUCAGCAUCAGGAAUUGCUGUCCGCAAACACUACAAUCAACUACACCCUGCUGAGCAACGAUAACGCCUUCCUCAGCUACCACCCUCACCCCUUCACUCAGCGCACUCUGACCGCACGCUUUCAAGUCAACAACACUCAACCUCCUCACGUGCAGCUCAUCAGGAAGCCUGUCCUCACUGUCAUGGGCCUUCUGGCUUUGCUUGGUGAGUCCCAGGUCCUGGCACAGGUAUUGAACUCCUCAGAAGCCAAUAAUGUCCACAGUGGCACCUUAGGAGUUCUGGCAAGUACCCACCAGCCCGAAAUCCCCAGAGGUUCAGACAGCUGGCAGGCAGCCUUGUUGGUCUACAACAGUGACGAUAACCACACAUCUGCCAGUACUGAUGUUGUCGCUGUGUCACUAAAAGGACUGCAGACACACACAGGACUGGUAUAUGUCACCUACCUAAUGGACAAUAAUGUGAGUAACCCAUACCAAAAAUGGCUGAACAUGGGAAGCCCUAACUACCCCACGACAGAGCAGUUCACAAAGCUCAGGAAUGCCCAGGAACCUCACAUUGUUGGACCGCUGCCGGUGCCUAGAGGUGGCACGCUCACUUUGAAAGCAAGACUGCAAAUUCCCUCUGUGCUGCUGAUACAUGUAUGUGCCCGACCCAAAGCUGCUCCCAACCAGGUCAGUGGUUUGCGAUUCAUCAGGAUCACCAAAGGCCAAGUUCUCAUUAUCUGGUCCGAUAGCUGUGUUGAUUCCAAAUGUAUUCAGACAUUCGAAGUGGAGUUUUCUUCAAGUCAGAAGGGAUUCAGCAGGAUUAAUAGCCACAACACCAUUUUUACAUCAUUUGUUUAUUCACCUGGGGACCAGGAGGUGAGUGGAAUUUACAGAAUUCGGGCUGUGGACUACUGGGGCAGGCCUGGGAUGUACUCACUACCUGAGGAGUAUUCAGAGGAGCUUUAG